GGUUCCUUAACCGUACACAUAGCAACAGCCGAGACACUCUCCUUAUUAGGCGGUAGCAUGCAAGCUACACGCCAGAUACACGUGAACGAUCCCUAUCUGGAUUGUCUGGAAACUGACCUACAGUCUGUGCCCUCAAGGCACAGCCACGUCAGCAUCCUCACUAGUAUAUAAGCGGAGUCUACCUGAGACUCCGCAGGACUGUAUAACCCAACUGUUACUGUAUGUAACAUGUACAUCUGUGUUUCAUACCAAUACAAGUUGUCUCCCAUACUUUGAGUUUGUCCAAUUACUCGUUGUAACUACCUGUUACAUUUGGUGAACGUGCCUGCGCGAAGCUGACAUCUUCAACAUCUUUCAGCCCGAACCUUCCAUCAUCUUCGAGACAGCUCUAAUCACAGACCAACCGGUCAGGCCCUUGGCUCGACGUCGCGGACGCCUUCCUGCGUCUCCAGUCCCCGCGAACACAAAACAUGCAUCCGUCAGCACUACUCGUCGUUCUCUUCUUCUUCAGCACCAGAGCGCCUGUCUCCGCAAUCCUCAUCGACACAUGCAACUGUACACUCCCAAUUUUCAAAGGAACAAUCGAUUUAUCAGACCCCUAUUACUGUAAUAAUCCGGCACCUGUUCUUCAGUCUAUACAUGUAAUUUACAAUAUUAUUACUAAAAACAAAGAUCCCAUUACUUGGACUGGGUACGUCUGCACUCAAUGGCUCUCCCAAAAAGAAGUAUCGACUAAUUUCCUCCUCUCCCAUGACACUACUUACACAAAACAAGUUUUGAAAGUCAGUUCAUCGGACUGUUGGAAAUCUGCCCAAUACCCACAAAUGUGCGAUACCAAUCCUAUGACAAAAGACGGUGACACUCUGAAAUUCUUACAAGAACCCGACGGCAAAGGACAAUGGAUGACCACCCAAACAUUCGUUGCGAAAAACUGUGUAACACAAGCAAUCAAACUUGCCAAAGAAUGCCACGAAUGUCCCGUCACAUCACCAUUCGGAAUAAUUGCAAACUCCAGCAAUGAAGAAUUUGCCAACCACAACGAUCUCACCAUCGUUUGGCGUCGUCCCGAUGCCACCCAAGAACCGGAAUGCGCAUACAAAACAAUUCUUUCGAGUCGCGGAAACUUAACAAGAGGACUCAGCCAGUCCAAAUUAGAAGAUUACUCUGCACAACUAGAACUAAUUUUUAACAAUAACAAAACCAUAUUAUGUACCAAUGAUACUGUAUUAACUGUUAUGGGUGUCCCAGACACCUACAUCCAGUUGGUUAACCCAAGAGUACGCGGAAAAAGAUCAACGAAUGACGUACCAACUGGAAUAAUUCGACUCGCCAAUCACACCAAAUAUUGCUUGACCUAUCCCAAAUUGGAUAUUUACAUUAAUGUAAACAUUAUCUCCUGCGCUACUGACGACAACAUAGAAACUUCAGACGAAUACCUUUCAACAAUCGAGCGAGGUCAGAACUUCCAAUUUCUAGAAUCCGGUUUAAUCAUGCUCACCGGAGACACAUAUUGCAUCCAUUCGUGGAGCGACAAUGAAAUAGCUGCAAAAUCAUGCAAUGGCGACCGCAACGAAGCAGCGUACGACACUGACACUUGGAUGAUAACGGAUGACCCCGGACGUCAUGAUUUAACACCUAUUCAAAUCAUCCUGACAGACCAAAACUUAUGCCUUUCAGCAUCUGCAAACGAAACCGCACCAGGCAGAGUCUUUCUAGCUAACUGCUCGGACUCUAGCGAUCAAUUUUUUAUUUUUGAGAAAGUGAUCCAGAACGAAAACCUGCUUGAAUCCAAAGCCCCCAAGGAAUCAACGACAACACAUCAAGGAGAAGAAAUACCACGCCUUUUCGGCAUCACUCCCCAAUUUCACGGUACAAUUCUUUCAAAAACGAAAGAAGAAUACUGCCUGUCAGUUACAGAUACCCAGGUGCUUUCUCUUAAACUAUGUAAAUCGAUAACCGCUCGCAACAAGUUUCCACAACAAAAAUUCGCCUAUUACAACGGGCAGCUUACAAUUCGCGGAACGACUGAUUGCGUGACCCCUGAUAAGUUAUUAACAUGCAGUAACUCAAUCAACCAAACUGCGAAAUGGGAAUACGACCCAUCGCUACUAUCAAUGUCAUGGAACAGACAAUGCAUUGCCUUAAUUCCCACCACUAUCAUUCCCCGCCUUACAUUUACCACCUGCAAUAUCUCUGAUCCACUUCAGCAAUGGAAUUUUCAACAUUCUCUUGCUGAACUAAAACCCAUGCCAUUAGAAACCAUCCCGGCGUGGAAAGACCUACAAAAGCAACGUAACCGUAGAUCACGAGAUAGAAAUUGGCCAAAUUUCGCAUGAUCUUCAACCGGCAGGCCUACUUCAACCACACCCAAAUUACCCGCCAACCCUCCAAAACCGGUCUCAACACCUACAGCAAGCCAACCCUCAUCUCCUUCAAACCAAAAUACCACAAACCAAAAUAUAACAAAAAAUAUAUCAGACAGCGAUCGCCAGAUCCUAGAUAUUGAAAACCGACAAUUCAUUGAAGCCCAAGCAGCAAAGCAUGAAACAGUAUUAGCAAACGAAAUCAGAAAUUUAUACUGCAAAAUCACAGCCAUCCAACGAAACCAAGCAGUUAUCAUGGCCCAAUCAAACAGCAUAUUAACCGGUACAGCUUUAAACUUGGAAAAAUGCAGCAGAGUCAGCAGCAGCGGCAUCACUCUUGUUUUACAACAAUGCGCCGUUGUACCUAUACAACUAUCAGCAAAACUGACAUCUUGCGGCUAUCAGCCAUUUUUUCAAGCAAUUUCCGCAAAUUAUACAAUAGGUAAAGACGGAUGGUCACUUCACCCAUUCCAAGAUUGCUUUUGGACAUCGCCUUACGUCUCCCUUAACGACAAAACAUAUCAAUGGAUAAAUGAUGACUGGAAGCUUCACGAACCUUCCGUACAUCUAACCAAGCUUCAUCUCGUCAAAAAAUUCGACGAUAUCCCGCUAAAAUCUUAUAACUAUUUACCAAAUCACCAUUCAAUUUACGAAUCGAACACUAUUGAACAAAUGAAUGUCCUAUCCGAACUUAUCAGUCGGAUACAACUAUCCAGCAGCAACUCCCUCUCUUCUCUUGUUUUGGAUACUAAAUAACAAUCCAAUUUUGGAGACAUGUCCAGCUGGAUAUACAUUUUCAAAUAUGGCCUGUUAGGCCUCCUAGCAUGUAUUAUCCUUUUUACUUGUAUCUAUCUAGCUAUCGCCUGCAUUCCGUGCCAUCGCCUUCCAGCGAUACUAACACGUAGACAAGUUACAGUUGAUGACAUUGAAUUAACAGCCCCUUUGAACCCUCGACUAACAAUUGCAAAGCAGCACAACCACAAUCACACCAUCAUCGACCCAAUUAAAGGUCUCUGUUGGAACGACGGCUGUGUAAUUGUCCCCCCCUCAGCCCCAGCUCUUUAAGUAAAAAAAAAAAAAAAUAAUAAAAUAAAAUAAAAUAAAAUAAAAAGUGAAAGUAAAAGUGAAAGUGAAAGUAAAAGUAAAAAAAAAAAAAAAAUAAAUUUCCAUUAUAAUAACAAAUAGUAAUAACAACAGUAAUAAAAAAGUAUAUGCCUUUAUUUUUCCCCUUUUUUUCACUAAACCGUUUUACAUCUAUGCAUUACUAACAACUUGUCAAUUGAGCAACUUACAAUCUGCAACAAGCAUUCCACCAACCCCGACUUCCGUGCUGAUGGUUAUUCUGCCUUUCCAGCAACGCCAUAAGAGCACAACGACGCGCCCAUCUCCAGUCGUCAUCCGUCAAGUCGUACGGAUCCUCUACCACAUCGUCGGAUGGAUCGUAGUGCCGAAUAGCACUAUUACGACGUCGUACAGAUGUUCGCCUUCCACGCCGACGACGACCGUUCACGGCUCGCACUUCAGGAAGCCACGCCCCUCGCAGCCCCUCCGGAUAAAAUACAUCAACCCCGGACUCCAUCCACCACAAAAUCCGAGAUUGUAUCACAGUAAAUUUUUCCCUAUACUUUCUGAAACCCUUCUGCCACCUUUAAAACGAACAAUGAUUUAAAUUGUAUACAUGUAAUCAUUUAAAAAUGUAAAAGUAUACUAACCAUAAUCUUUUUUCCCUUUUGGUUUCUGCUGUCCAUCCCGGAUAGACAGCAUCCCACUUGGUUAAAACAUUCUCUGUCUGGUCGUAAUAACCAUCUUUAAACAGAAAAUAACUCUCGGCCCUUAAAGGUAGCCAAAUACUUGUUUUCGUGCACUCUUCGACAUUUUUGCAGACCUCGAUCUACUCCUUCGGGAUUGACAAUGAUCGUAAUACGAUCAACAUCAAGAGGAAUCAAUUCGUAUAUGCGACCAGCCAUUGUAGCAAACCGUAGAAUACUAACCAUAUACCCUACUUUUUCAAAAAAGGGAGGAAGCGACAUUGUCCCCGACCUACAGUAACCUUUUCAUUCUUGACCUUCGGUGACAGUCACUGGGCAAAGCAAAAAUCAAAUAAAAAAAGAGAAAUCUUUCCUUUCCUCUAACAUAUUCAUUUCCUUCAAAAAAGGGAGGAAUGUAACGGUUCCUUAACCGUACACAUAGCAACAGCCGAGACACUCUCCUUAUUAGGCGGUAGCAUGCAAGCUACACGCCAGAUACACGUGAACGAUCCCUAUCUGGAUUGUCUGGAAACUGACCUACAGUCUGUGCCCUCAAGGCACAGCCACGUCAGCAUCCUCACUAGUAUAUAAGCGGAGUCUACCUGAGACUCCGCAGGACUGUAUAACCCAACUGUUACUGUAUGUAACAUGUACAUCUGUGUUUCAUACCAAUACAAGUUGUCUCCCAUA